AUGGACCUGUACGCACUGCUAGGGAUUGAAGAGAAGGCGGCAGACAAAGAGGUGAAGAAGGCGUACAGGCAGAAGGCCCUCUCCUGCCACCCCGACAAAAAUCCGGAUAAUCCCCACGCGGCUGAACUCUUUCACCAGCUCUCUCAGGCCCUGGAAGUGCUGACCGAUGUUGCAGCCAGGGCUGCCUAUGACAAGGUCCGGAAGGCCAAGAAGCAGGCAGCAGAGAGGACCGAGAAACUCGAUGAGAGGAGGAAGAAGGUGAAGCUGGACCUGGAGGCCCGGGAGCGGGAGGCCCAGGCCCACGGCAGUGAGGAGGAGGAGAAGCGUAGCACCCGCACGCUGGAGCAAGAGAUAGAAUGCCUACGAGAAGAGGGUUCCCGGCAGCUGGAGGAACAGCGGAAGCUGAUCCAGGAGCAGAUACGGCAGGAACGGGAGCAGAGGUGGAGAGGAAAAGCAGAGCAUACCGAAGGCACAGGAACCCCCAAACUCAAGCUGAAGUGGAAGUGCAAGAAGGAAGACGAGGCCCGAGGCGUCUACUCCAAAGACGUUCUCCGGCGGCUCUUCCAGAAGUACGGUGAGGUGCUCAACCUGGUGCUCUCCAGGAAGAAACCUGGCGCAGCGGUGGUGGAGUUUGCAGCGGUCAGAGCUGCGGAGCUGGCUGUCCAGAAUGAGGUGGGGCUGGUUGAUAAUCCCCUGAAGAUUUCCUGGUUGGAAGGACGGCCCAAGGGCACAGGAGGCUGCAGCCAUCCAGGACUGUCACAGGGCUCAGUGCUGUCUUGA